AUGGCUAGUAAUAUCAAUGGAUUGACUUCAUCUUACAAUCAUCAGGAACAGUCUAAUCUAAGCUCUGCGAUGCCGGUAAGCCCCGUACUCAAUAACACAGAAGCACAACACGAGAAGAACAACGCAAAUGGCGCAAAUGAUUUUAUAUUUCAUGAUGUACAUGUCCAUGAUGUCAGCAACACGAAUAAUGCAAAUGGGUUAUCAACCAAAAGUAUAUCGAUUGAUCAAUCGAAUCCAGCAUAAACAUGGAACAACAUUGCUGCAAACAAAGUUAACAACGGAGGCGCCAAAAAACCAAAGCGUGUGAGAACAGCAUUCACUAGUAACCAAAUGGCGGAACCAGAGCAAGAAUACACUCGCACAAAAUACCUAGACCCGGCACGUUGCUUGGAGCUGGCGGAAAUUACAAAAUUACAGCUCAACGAGAGGACUAUAAAAAUAUGGUUUCAGAGUAGAAGAACGAAAGAGAAAGAGAUUUUGACGUAGCACUUAGAAGAGUCUGAAGAAACUAGCACGACUGCUUCUUUGCCAGAUAUAGGCCCGUUUCCAGUAUAUUACAACAAUAUUGACCUAAUGUUUACUGAAGAAACCAACCAGCACAAUCUUCUUUCUAUCAUGCCGACGUAUGGGCUACAAACGUUACUUCCGCCCCCGACACCAAAUGGAAUCGUGUAAAUACAAUUUAUCGAAUUGGCUCAGUCCAUUCUAACGAGGUUUAGUGGAAUCAAGAAAUAACUAAAAGUACGGUGUCCUGCAAGUGCUUCCGACUUCAUCUUACAAUCAUCAGGAACAGUCUAAUCUAAGCUCUGCGAUGCCGGUAAGCCCCGUACUCAAUAACACAGAAGCACAACACGAGAAGAACAACGCAAAUGGCGCAAAUGAUUUUAUAUUUCAUGAUGUACAUGUCCAUGAUGUCAGCAACACGAAUAAUGCAAAUGGGUUAUCAACCAAAAGUAUAUCGAUUGAUCAAUCGAAUCCAGCAUAAACAUGGAACAACAUUGCUGCAAACAAAGUUAACAACGGAGGCGCCAAAAAACCAAAGCGUGUGAGAACAGCAUUCACUAGUAACCAAAUGGCGGAACCAGAGCAAGAAUACACUCGCACAAAAUACCUAGACCCGGCACGUUGCUUGGAGCUGGCGGAAAUUUACAAAAUUACAGCUCAACGAGAGGACUAUAAAAAUAUGGUUUCAGAGUAGAAGAACGAAAGAGAAAGAGAUUUUGACGUAGCACUUAGAAGAGUCUGAAGAAACUAGCACGACUGCUUCUUUGCCAGAUAUAGGCCCGUUUCCAGUAUAUUACAACAAUACAUUGACCUAAUGUUUACUGAAGAAACCAACCAGCACAAUCUUCUUUCUAUCAUGCCGACGUAUGGGUUACAAACGUUACUUCCGCCCCCGACACCAAAUGGAAUCGUGUAAAUACAAUUUAUCGAAUUGGCUCAGUCCAUUCUAACGAGGUUUAGUGGAAUCAAGAAAUAACUAAAAGUACGGUGUCCUGCAAGUGCUUCCGACUUCAUCUUACAAUCAUCAGGAACAGUCUAAUCUAAGCUCUGCGAUGCCGGUAAGCCCCGUACUCAAUAACACAGAAGCACAACACGAGAAGAACAACGCAAAUGGCGCAAAUGAUUUUAUAUUUCAUGAUGUCCAAAAUGCUGGGAGUCCUCAACAGAGCGAAGCGGUACUUCACGCCUGGACAAAGGCUUUUGCUUUAUAAAGCACAAGUCCGGCCUCGCGUGGAGUACUGCUCCCAUCUCUGGGCCGGGGCUCCCAAAUACCAGCUUCUUCCAUUUGACUCCAUACAGAGGAGGGCCGUUCGGAUUGUCCAUAAUCCCAUUCUCACGGAUCGUUUGGAGCCUCUGGGUCUGCGGAGGGACUUCGGUUCCCUCUGCAUUUUGUACCGUAUGUUCCAUGGGGAGUGCUCUGAGGAAUUGUUCGAGAUGAUACCGGCAUCUCGUUUUUACCAUCGCACCGCCCGCCACCGGAGUAGAGUUCAUCCAUACUACCUGGAGCCACUGCGGUCAUCCACAGUGCGUUUCCAGAGGUCUUUUUUGCCACGUACCAUCCGGCUAUGGAAUGAGCUCCCCUCCACGGUGUUUCCCGAGCGCUAUGACAUGUCCUUCUUCAAACGAGGCUUGUGGAGAGUAUUAAACGGUAGGCAGCGGCUUGGCUCUGCCCCUGGCAUUGCUGAAGUCCAUGGGCGACGGUAACCACUCACCAUCAGGUGGGCCGUAUGCUCGUCUGCCUACAAGGGCAAUAAAAAAAAAAAAAAAAAAAUGUACAUGUCCAUGAUGUCAGCAACACGAAUAAUGCAAAUGGGUUAUCAACUACAGGUAUAUCGAUUGAUCAAUCGAAUCCAGCAUAAACAUGGAACAACA